CCAAAAAUCCCCCAGGAGGAGGCGGCACAGCUUCAUCGGGAGCCUCUUGAAUCAGGAAAGACUGCCCAGGAGCAGGCAGAGACGGACCUCCCCUUUAUGAAUGAUGCUCCAUGGAGGAACGUGAAGGGUUUUCGGGAUGCCCUGCGGAAAACGACCGGGAGGAAGAUGGGUGCUCCGCCAUCCAGCUUGUGGGACCAGGGACCCCGGAAGAUGUGCAGCCAUCUCCACCAGCUUUGCCGCCAGUGGUUGCAGCCGGAAAAACACACCAAGGGGCAGAUGUUGGACCUGGUGAUCCUGGAGCAGUUCCUGGCUCUCCUGCCCCCAGAGAUGGAGAACUGGGUGCGGGAGUGUGGAGCAGAGACCAGCUCCCAGGCGGUGGCCUUGGCCGAAGGGUUUCUCCUGAGCCAGGCGGAGGAAGAGAAGGAGCAGGGAGAGGCGCAGGGGUCCUUAACAGUGUUGUGA